AUGAGCUUGAAACUCAAUAGGCGCGUCCUGGGACGCGCCAAAAAACAAGAGGAAGAAAAUCCCCUAACUGGGGUGAAGCAAGAUGAGGCAGUCGUAAAAUCCACAAAAUUGAAAGAGAAGGAAAGAAAAUCCCGACAACCAGGUAUUUGUAUCCUAUUCUCUCCUUCCACCAUUGGUGACCUGAGCGCUGUCGCGGACCGAAGCGACGCAGCUCCAGCAUCCGGUGGAAACCGGACCCCAGAACUUGUUGGAUUUCCGAGGCCAACUUUUGAGGGAAACGACAAUACGUAUUUGAGGAAGAAGAAUGUGAUAAAUCCGCCGUUCAUGGCGACAAAAAUUCGGAUCAGGCCCUAUUCGAAUCACCAGAGAACCGUGUGCAUGAGAGUGGAAUUCUACGGGUGCAACUACACA